AUGAUGAACGGAUCGGGUAGUAUUACCACUAUCCUCGUCCUCGUUGAUGGUCAUGAUAUACGAACGUUAAAGUUAUCAUGGUUACGAGCACAAAUUGGUCUUAUUGGUCAAGAACCAGCUCUUAUGUUGGAUCUUACUAUUGGCGAAAAUAUAUCAUAUGGCUGUCAAAAACAGCGUAUUGCUAUUGCACGAGCUCUUUUUCGAAAUCGAAAAGUUUUAUUACUUGAUGAAGCAACGAGUGCGUUGGAUGUACAUAAUGAAAAGCUUGUUGAAGAAUCGUUGAAUGCUGUACGGCAAGAUAAUCCAUCACAAACUGUUAUUAUUGUGGCACAUCGUCUUUAUAUUAUUCAAUCAUGUGAUCUUAUUUGUGUUCUUGGUCCUCAUGGACGAUUACUGGAAAGCGGUACGCAUGCAGAACUAAUGGCACAUGGCACUGCUUAUCGUAGAUUUGUACUUGAUCAUAUGUGA